UAUUCUUGUUUAUUUUAUUUUUGUGUGGAAACAAAGCCUUCUCCAUAGUCAACGACCUUUCUCAGUUGGUGUUUGGCGCCCUCUAUCGAGCAGACAAUGAGUAGCAUUACAACGUCUUCUAUUAAGUGACCAAUCACAGCGCUCGUUAUUAUCAGGUCAAAGAAACAGCUGAUGGCCCGCUGCUAAGGUGACAUUUAGCUGUCUGUUCACCGCAGCUUAUCCGAUCCAAAACCAUUUUAUAAACAGUGGUGGCACAAAUAUAAGCAUGUCUUCUCUCAGGAGGACGGCGGGUGUCCUCCAAACCGGCCUGCAGCUCUUCAGACGAGGACCUCAGCAGAUGACCGUCAGAAAGGCGGGAGGCGGCGCUCAUAUCGAACCCCAGUACAGACAGCCUCCUCAGCUCACCAGGAACCAGAAGUUUCAGGCAGAGCUGCUCAGCGGCGCCAUGUGGUUCUGGAUCCUGUGGCACACCUGGCACGACCCGGAUGCCAUACUGGGUCAUUUCCCAUGGCCGGACACUUCAGCAUGGACAGAUGAGGAGCUGGGAAUCCCACCUAUUGAUGAAGAGUAGAUUCACCCCCAACAAACAAAUAUGUGCACCGGAUCACAAACCCCGCACAUUUUCUGUAGGGGAGGAAACUGAAAGUUCCUGUUAUGUAUAUGGACUUAUUCUCAAGUCUAAUUGUUGUAUCAUAAAAUAAAGAAAUAAAAGCCAUCAACGCUUAAA